AUGCAGGAGAAGAAGAGGCGUGCGAGAAACCUAGGAGAUGAUGCUGAGGCACUUGACGGUGGUAGACUUUACAGAAUAGAUGUUAACGCAAGUGCUCUUGAAGGCACCACGGCUGUUGUUGCACGCAACAUUCCUCCUCAUCAUGAUGCCUCUGCGACGACUCCGAUAAAUGCUUAUCCCAUAGAAAAGAUCAUCGACAGUGGAGAAUGGGACUUCCUCCCAGAUGUUUACAGGCUUCUCGGACAGGAAGCCGGAGCAACAACCGAUGCUUAUCCUGUAUUUGUCCGCAACAGAUUGGACAUGGUGCGAGAUAUCAGGGACGAGGCAGAGAAGCAAACGGUUUGUAGUGUCUUAUCGUUACUAACCCAUCUGGUUAAGUUCAAGGACCUGAAUUCAAUGAAUGGCUUCGAUUCCGCUAAAAACCACAAGUUUCCGCCGAUCAUACGUCAGAAAUGUAAGACCUUGUUCAAGGAUUCUGACGUAGAGAGGAUGCCUGCAGAGAAGAUCAACCUCCUGAUAAGUUACGUUCUUGUGCUCGUCCUUUACGUGGAUAGGUUCAAGACCGACCCAAAAGACAUUGCUACGGACCUGAGGAUGGACAAAUUCGUUCUGAGGAAUCAAUUUGAGAACCUUGGAUGCAAAUUCUCGCGCGAGAAUAAAAAUUCUCUUGCGAUCUUACCGGUCCCUCUCAAGUUCCCGCCAGAGAAUAUGCGGAAGAAAAGACGAUUUAGAUGA